AUGGCGUGCCACAGGGACUUGUUGAAUGCCGCGGCGCUGUUGAUGACGAGGCGGAAGCUGAUGGCGCCGGGCACCACCUCGCCGAACCACGCGCCGCCCGGGCCGACGCCGUGGAGAGCCUCCCCAGACGAGGCAACAAAGGUGGCAGGCAGGCAGAGACCUAUCUUUGCUCAAGCGUCCAUAGCAGCCUGCACAAGAACCAAAGUUUGCAUUCAGAUGUCGACGGUCGUCAUGAGAGUGGAUCUUGAGUGCGAAAAGUGCUACAAGAAGAUCAGGAAGGUCCUCUGCAAGGUCCAAGACAAAGUGAGCAUCAGGACCAUCUCCUACGACGAGAAGAACAACACGGUGACGGUGUCCGGGCCCUUCGACGCGGAGGAGGUCGCCGACAGGCUCACCUCCGACGCCGGCAAGGUCAUCACCGACAUACACGUCGUCGGGGGCUUCGUCGGCUUCGGCUUGGGCGGCGGCGGAGGCGGAGGGAAACAGAAGCACGACGCCGCCGCCGCCACCCCCGGCAAGGCUCCCAAGCCAGGGAAGGCCAACGGCAACGGGCACGGCCAGGGCCAGGGCCAGGGCCAGGGACAUGGCCAUGGCGGGCACGGCGGCGGCGGAGGCCAUGGCGGGCACGGCGGUGGAGGCCAUGGCGGGCACGGUGGCGGCGGCGGCGGCGGCGGCAAGACGGAGAAGAAGCACGUCAAGUUCGACGACAUGGACCUGGACCUGGACGACGACGACUUCGACCUGGACGACAUGGACGAGCCGGCCGGGCGCCACGCGCACAGCGGGCACGGGAACGGCGGCGGCAAGCCGAAGAUCAUCAGGACCAACACCCCCAUCGCGGCGCGGCUGGAGGCGCCCCGCACCGGCCCGGCGAUGUCGAUGGCCGCGGCGGCGCCCGUGAGGAUGCCGAUGCCGGCGAUGGGGCCAAUGCCACAGCAGCAGGUUCAGCACGCGCAGGGCAUGGGCGUGCCGUCCAUCUGGCCAGCCGCCCCCGAGUGGGGCUACAGCACGCAGCCGUACGGCAGCUACAGCGGCCCGCCUGCCGGAGGGUACUACGGCGCCGGCCGGCCCGCCGGGCACUGGCCGGGGGCGUACGGCGGCUACGGCCGGAACCCGUACGCGCAGCAGCAGUACUACGAGGAAGAGCCCAGCGCUGCGUGCAGCGUCAUGUGA